AUGGGAGGCACCGAGACGCCUGCAAGGAAGACAACGGCGUCAUUGUCUCCAUCUGGCGCAUCUAUUCGAAGGGCCUCUACCUUCGAUGAUUCGACUCCGGAGUUUCAACGUCGACCUCUAGGGAACCGCUUGUCUACAAAUCCAGAUGUUCACCGUUCCUCGAGCUCCAGGAGGCGCAGGAGCUCCAACUUCUCCGAGUACUCUCUGAAUGAAGCCCGCAAGAGCUUCCAAUCUUCGACAGAUGAGCUCCUCUUACCCAAACCCAGGACGGCGGACCGGGAACUGGGCCACGACUCCUCACCAUGGGACUCGGUGCCGCUUGCUUUUGCGCUCUUGCCUGCCAUCGGUGGUAUGCUCUUCACGAAUGGGAGCCUGGUCAUCACAGAUAUUAUUCUCCUGGGACUCGCUGCUAUUUUCUUGAACUGGUCCGUCAGACUGCCAUGGGAUUGGUACCACUCUGCGCAGGCAAUUCGAGCUAAGGAAACAGGCAUUGAAGACCAAAUAUUCCACGAAGAGAGCGAUGAUGAUGAUCCCAGCUUCGCGCACGCCGACUCGGACGAGGUACCAAAAGCAGAGACUACAGAGGCACCAGAAUCAUCACAGAAACCAGUGCCUCCAUCUCCUGCCCACGAAGCUGCUAGGAGAGAGUUAUAUCGACACGAGCUGCUCGCCCUCCUCUCAUGUUUCCUAUUCCCGGUCCUCGGUGCAUACCUCCUCCAUACACUUCGGUCACAAUUAAGUCGACCAUCAGAGGGACUCGUCUCAAAUUACAAUUUGACAAUCUUCCUACUGGCAUCAGAGCUGCGCCCAAUGGCACACCUCGUAAGACUCAUACAAUCGAGAACUCUUCAUCUCCAACGAGUAGUGGCCUCAAAUCCCCAUUCCAGCACGAUUGGUAGGGCGAAUAACGCGCCGGACGAUAUCAUUCGAAGACUGGAGGAGCUAGAAGCUCGAAUCUCAGCCGAUGAACCUUCACCCCCUUCCGAACCUGUCUUGAAUAAUAAACAGACAGCUAUUCUUGUAACAGAAGUCCUCAAGAAGCUUCAACCUGAACUCGACGCUCUCAAUCGAGCUGUACGCCGAUACGAGAAGCGCGCGACCCUCCACGCAUUCCAAAUCGAGUCAAGAUUGCUUGAUCUGGACGCGCGACUCGGCGACGCGAUAUCCCUAGCUGCCGCUGCAGCAAACAACGGGAACAGGAACCGCAAAUUUACGACCGUUGUUGUGGAAUGGGCAGCGACGGCUGUGAUGCUGCCAUUCCAGGCCCUUACUUCCGCUGCCAGCCUGCCCUUCAAGGCAAUAGGGGUCUUCAUCAAAUUUGCUAGGCCAAAGAUAGCCAGCCACAAUUCCGACAACACCAGCAAAAACACCAAUGGGAAGUAUACAUCGUAUGGGCGGACUGGUGAUGGACCUCGGUCUCAAGGCAGGAUGAUGAAAAAGCAAUGA